AUGGAUAUGCCUCCAACAGCCCGUGGUAGGAUAUAUGUGAAGGGGAAGGGUGCUUUAAGCCCACAAAAAGGAGGUAAAACUGGAGAGGAAAACUCUGCGAAAAUAAUCCUACACGAGGUAAAGACCACGGUUGAAAUAUCGACAUCAGAAAAAGAGAAACACGUUAGAAAUUCCCAGCUAAAUUUUCCUGAUCUUUCACUAACAUCACAAGGAGCGAAGGGCAACCAAGACCAGAGCGUCCUACCAGCUCUGUUAUGCAUACGUAGCCUUAAUUUUUCUCCUCAAUUGCUUCACAUGUGGAAUAAACCCAACAGUAGCUUGCCACCGUCGUCUCGUGGUUCCCGGAGUUCCAGGACGACUACGGAACAAGACAAGAAAGGUGCUUUUCAUAAUAAAUGCGAUCAGACCAACGAUAAAGUAAGUUUAGAACAUCAAAAUAAUAUUUUGCCACAUCUGCCUGUCUCCACUGUUCUGGAUGGUGAGCGGGUUACGAUACGAAGUCCUCAAAGUUCCAAAAGUGGGACUGAGGAAAGCGAACAAGACAACAGAGGGACUAGAACUAAAAAGGUACAAUUCAGUGUUGAAGACAGUAGUAUCAAAACGACAAACAAUACUUUGCCGCUUCCGUCUCUAACUACUACAUUAAAGGGUAAGUGUCUGCUUUCACAAAGAAAACAAGGGUUAAAUGAACAGCAGUAUGAGGAAAAAAAUGCCAACGACAUAAAGCCUUCAGAACUGAACGACUGUGAAAAGAGAAAAACUUCAACUCCAAACGGGAAACACCAGACAACUAUUAAAAUGGCUUCCACAAAGACUGGUAAACAGAUUACACGAACAGUAUUUUACCUACCAAAGGCUGAUAAAUACGAUAUUACACCUGACGGAAAGUAUACAAGCAGCAAAGUCUGCAGGGCUAUAAAAGUGGAGGAUCUGAAAGCGUCUUUAAUCCGCUCAGACCGCAAAGACAGCUGGGUCCCUUCUGUCGACAAACAAUUAAUGAAAUUUUCUGUAUUUAAAGCAAUCAUGCAACAACCCACCGUGUUCCUACGACAACCUUCACCGGUAAAGGGCCUGAAAAUGCCCUUGUUGGACCAGGAGGCUUCUUUAGCGGCGGCCAUUCAAGCCGUUAAGGAAACAAAUGAACCUGCGUCCCCGAUGCCCGAUGUUACUGAAUUGUCGAAGCAAUUAAAGCACUUCGUAAUAAAGUUACCACCGAUAUGCUGA